AUGUUUGUUCAAAGGAUCGAAGUCCAAGGCGUUUUCGGUUACAUUAAAUUUGCAAAUUUAGGUCCGUAUAGUUCGUGUGAAGCUGAAUCGUUUGCCUCAACGGUGACGUCUGGACUUCAAUCGUCAGCAAACACAACAGCCUCGACUUCCGUUAUUACUACGACAGCAUUCGCUGUUGAGUCUACAGGUGUUCCUACAACUUAUCCUGCACCAUCGACAAGCCAAUUGUCACGUGUAUCGGAAAUGGAUGUGGUGAGUGAUUUAAGCGAGGAGAUAUGGCACUAUCAUAACUCAAUUACGCAGUCAGAAAGGAUGCUCAAUAGGAAAUUACAUUUACGCGACUUAUUGUAUUAUUCCAUAUGUCCCGUUUUUCCAAUGUGUGGUUUAUACGUGGUUGGAUCGUCGUUGAAUGGUUUUGGUAACAAUACAUCCGACAUGGACUUGUGCCUAAUGAUCACAAAUAAAGAUCUCGAUCAAAAAACCGAUGCGGUUGUUGUGUUGAACAUGAUCCUCAGUACGCUACAACAUACUGAAUGGGUAUCCCAUCAAAAGUUGAUCCUUGCCAAGGUGCCUAUAUUACGGAUUAAAUUUGCUGCACCAUUUUCUGACAUCACAGUCGAUCUGAACGCCAAUAACUCCGUUGCUAUCAAGAAUACACAUCUUCUUUGUUAUUAUUCUUCGUUCGAUUGGCGAGUUCGCCCGCUAGUAUCAGUUGUAAAGGAAUGGGCGAAGCGUAAGGGUAUCAAUGAUGCCAACCGUUCCUCGUUCACCAGUUACUCACUUGUGCUUAUGGUGAUCCAUUAUCUACAGUGUGGUACAGAACCAAGUGUUCUUCCAUCGUUGCAGCAAAUGUUCCCGAGACGGUUUGCGAACAAAUGCGAUGUCCGGACUUUGAAUGUCACGGUGCCUUUGGAAUCAUCAGCGAUAUCAGAGUGGCAGUACGCGGGUAAAUCAACUCUCGGGGAGUUACUAAUCGGUUUCCUCGACUACUACGCUAAUAAGUUUGAUUAUGACCGCGACGCUAUUUCUGUGCGACUAGGAAAGCGAAUAGACCGUGCAGUGAUAGCACGACAACGGCCAAAUGGCGGAUACCAGCAGAAUAAUACGCAUUGGCGAUCACAGUGGCGGUGCAUUUGCAUCGAGGAGCCAUUCACGUACUCAAACACUGCUCAUUCAAUUUACGACGAAAUGGUAUUUGACGCCAUCAAAACGGCAUUCCGCGAAGCACAUAAAGAGCUGGACGCAACGCGAGAUCUGCAAUGUUUGCUGAAUUGCAAGCCCAUAUCAGUGAAUGCACCAAUGGGAGGGUGCGUUGAGUAA